AUGAGCAGCCCAGACGACGUCGAAAGGCGACCGAUUGUCCACGAGGAGACACCAUUGCUGCGCGCAGACACUGGCGCCGAUGCAGCAACCGAGGACGAGGGCCGAAAGGAAGACAUCGAGCGCACUCCCGCUCGAUGGUACGUCUGGAGGGCACUUUGGGCCGUUGCAGCCGCUGUCGUGGUGGCCCUCUUUGUCAAGGGGUGGAUCAACGCGGGCGGCGACGUUGAUUUUGAUCUGAAGGGUGCCCUCAAACGAGCACUCGGGGGUGGUUUAAGCGGCGCAGCAGCCAUGAUCCUGCAGGUUCUGCUUCUCAUGCCGCUUCGAACGAUUAUGAACUACCAGUACCGCUUUGGACAUUCAUUCACCGCUGCCAGCCGGAUACUGUACGAGGACGGAGGAUACGGCCGGUACUACCAGGGCCUUGGUGCUGCCCUCGUCCAAGGACCUGUCUCGAGAUUUGGAGACACAGCAGCCAACGCUGGAAUUCUUGCGUUACUGCACUCCAACUCGUACCUGAAGGACCUGCCCUCCUUCAUCCAGACCGUCUUUGCAUCUCUAUGUGCCGCCUGUUUCCGGAUGACUCUCACCCCCAUCGACACUCUCAAGACAACCCUGCAAGCACAGGGUGCUCGUGGAACGAACCUGCUUCGCCAACGGAUCAAGACGGACGGUGUGGGCAGUCUUUGGUGGGGUGCGAUAGCCACUGCUGCGGCUACGUUUGUGGGACAUUAUCCCUGGUUUGCUACCUACAAUUUUCUGUCCGGGGCCAUCCCCGAGCCCGCAAAACACCCCAUAAUCGUGUGGCUUUUACGCCUCGCGUUUAUCGGCUUCAUUGCCUCCAUCAUAUCCGACUCCGUGUCCAACUCGUUGAGAGUCGUCAAAACUUACCGCCAGGUCAACGAAACAAAAGUAUCGUACACCGAAGCCGCAAGACUGGUGGUGCUCGAGGACGGACUUCCGGGCCUUUUUGGCCGUGGACUCAAGACCCGCAUUUUGUGUAAUGGACUUCAGGGCCUGUUGUUCUCCAUUCUGUGGAAAGUAUUCCUCGACCUCCAAUCCACGUCUUACACAACCAACUUCGCCGCCAAGCAGGAGUCCUUCCAGGCUGGGCUUUUAAGUCUUUUCUCAGGAAAUACGGAGGACACCGAGGCAGACUUGUCCAAACUCUUCCACCCUACUUUCACACAACAGGACAACGAUGGCAUGCGCGACUUUCCCGCGUUUGUUGAACAUAUCCGCCAUCUUCGCAAAAUCUUGCCCAGCGUCUUUUUGGUCGUCACUCAGUUCCUCCGAGACGGAACGCAGUUUGCGGACAGGCACAUUUCUUCUACGACCCUGCCGGAUGGAACUGUUGGUGGCGCCGAGACUUUCAUGUUUGGUGAGGUGGCCGAGGACGGGCGUCUGGUAUGGCUUUCGGAGAUCGUGCGGCGGCAAGAGUUGACGGAGGAUGAGAUUAGGAUGUUGGAAAAAUAA